UUUUUUUUUUUUUCUAAUUACAAAUUUCCUGUAGUGUUUUUGGAUACUUGAAAAGAAGGGGAUGCCCUUACCCUUUGAGUUUGAGGGGAAGGGGGUGGUGUUAUUGGAAUACCAAAACCAAUAUCAAAACCAAAGCCAAGUAGAACAAGCUGAGUUUGUUGUACCUUAUGCAAAUCCACUUGUACAUUUUCAAGAUUUUGUAAGCAACAGCAAAAAGAGAAAGUAUAUUUACAACCACCAACAAGAACCAACUUCUGUCCUGGAUAACAUCACUACUAGUCCAAGCCCACCAACAUCCACCCUGUCUUCUUCUCACGGUGGUGCUGACUCAGCCGGUGUGGCUCCGGCACUUUCUUCCAAAUGGCCACCGGAAAAUCAAGAAACCAACACCACCACCACCAGCACAACCCUGCUUGACCUCCAACACUUUCAACAGCAAAUAUCCUCUGGAAAUGAUAAAUGUGCCACCGGAAUGGAUGACUGGGAAAGCCCAGAUUCCGGCCAAGACCAAGCCAUGCUCCGGUGGAUCAUGGGUGAUGUUGAAGACCCAUCUUUAGGUUUAAACAAAAUGCUUCAUUCCACAGGCGGCACAAAUCCGGCUGACUUUGAUUUUUCCGGCGGGUUUGGUGUUGUAGAUCAAGGCUUUAUUUCAGUUGAUUCCGGCAACCCACAACUUUCUCCGGCGACGGCACCGGCAAUAUUUCACACCCAUCAUCAAAAUCAAAUCUUAUCAUCAUUAAGUGACACCCAAAUGGUCCCUUUUGAUAUUAAACCAAAUCUUUAUAACCCCCCAUUUGAGCACCAGCUGCUAAUGCCGCCACAACCCAAAAGGUACAACCCUGGAAGCAUAGAGUACAACCCAUCAAUGCACAAAAGCCCGUUUCUGGAUUCGGGCCCAAACCCACUUCAAUUGCUCCAAAAAUCAGCUCCCAUGAAGAAAAUAGUAACACCAAAUGUUCAAAACCAUCUUCAGCAACAUCAACAAGGGAUCAUUGAUGAGCUUUUUAAAGCAGCAGAUUUGAUCCAGUUAUCUUCAUCAGCAAACAGCAAUAACCCGAACCCGAAUAACCCGAUACUCGCGCAAGGGAUAUUGGCGCGGCUCAAUCAUCAGUUAUCACCUAUUGGUAAGCCUUUUGAAAGGGCUGCUUUUUAUUUCAAAGAAGCUCUUAAUUUACUAAUAGAUUCAAUACUUACUAAUAAUAGUAACCCCCAAAUUAGCCCUCAUAAUGCAUCACCCUUUAGUUUAAUUUUCAAGAUUGGUGCUUAUAAAUCAUUUUCAGAGAUUUCCCCUUUUAUUCAGUUUGCUAAUUUCACUUGUAACCAAGCCUUACUUGAAUCCCUUAAUGGGUUUGAUCACAUUCAUAUCAUCGAUUUCGAUAUCGGUUAUGGUGGUCAAUGGGCUUCCCUUAUGCAAGAGCUAGCUUUAAGAAACAAUGGGGUUUCUUCUUUAAAGAUUACUGCUUUUGCUUCACCUUCAACUCAUGACCAGCUUGAAUUAGGCUUAACUCGCGAAAACUUGAUUCAUUUUGCAAGUGAGAUCAAUGUUGGGUUCGAUUUCGAGAUAGUUAACAUUGAUGUGCUUGCUUCUUCGUCAUGGUCUUUGCCUUUUAAUCUAUCUGAUAAUGAAGCCAUUGCUGUGAAUUUACCUAUUCAUGUGUUUUCGAAUCACCAAACCCAAAUCCCCAAUGUGCUUCGCUUUGUUAAAAGUUUGUCGCCCAAAAUUGUGGUUUCUGUUGACCGUGGGUGUGACCGUACUGAUUUACCCUUUUCAAAUCAUCUCAUUCAUGCUUUGCAAUCUUUUUCAAACCUGCUUGAGUCCCUUGACGCUGUCAAUAUGAAUCUUGACUCGUUGCAGAAGAUUGAGCGGUUCUUGGUUCAACCCGCUAUCGAAAAGAUUGUUUUGGGCCGGUUUGUUUAUCCUGAAAAGACUCAGCAUUGGCGUAAUCUUUUCUUAUCAGCUGGGUUUUCGCCGAUGUUGUUUAGUAACUUUACUGAAAGUCAAGCGGAAUGUUUGGUCAAAAGGACUCCUGUUCGUGAUUUUCAUGUCGAGAAAAGACAAUCGUUGCUCGUGCUUUGUUGGGAACGUCGGGAGCUUGUGUCUGCUUCUGCUUGGAGGUGCUAGAAAAGAUGUUUUGAUCAUCGAAAGUUGUUGACUUUUGGCAAAUUUGACUUGUGUUCUUAGUAUAUGCUUGAUAUGAUUAUGAAUGUAUCAAUGUACUACCACUACUACUACUGUUGAUGAUGUUUUUCGAGCUGUUUAUGGUAUAGCUCAAAAGGAACGUUAAAUCUUGAUUUUUAUUAUUAUGUCUAGGUUAUGUGUUUUGUUGUAAUCUUCAUAGCCAAACCGAAAAAUCAAUAUUCGGAUUGUGGGAAAGAAAAGAAUUUGUUUUCUCGUAGAUUUUUAUCAACUGUACGUAAUUGUAAAAAUCUGAAACAUUACACAAUAAUGAACGUCUUAUGAUUGUUGAAA